UUCUUCAAACUUUGUCGAGCGCGCGAAGAAAUCACUAGACUCAACGUUGAAGUCCGCCACUUGUGCACCACCAUUCACGAUGAAGAAUGUCAUAUGCUUACCGUCAUACAGAAACUUCAGGUUUUGGAUCUGCACCUAGGCUGCGAGCUGCAACGCCAACAUCGUUCACGUGCAGCUAUCAAUGCAAUGCAUUGCUACCGCUUGAAUCGCAUCGAGAGUCUCACAGGCUUUUCUGGAGUC